AUGGAAAAAUUCCCGUUUUAUGGACUGGAACCCAAAGAACGGUUGGCAAAGCUUAAGGAGCAUUUUCUCAAGUUCGAAGAGGAUUCCACUAAACGUACGGUACAAAAUGAGUUAAAUCGCCAGAAGGAUGAGCUGGUGGAAGCUGCGAGCACCAAGUUCGAGGGCCACGACGUGCUGAUUAAAAGCGGUGAAGACCUUCUGAUAGAAGUUGAAACGAAGCGUAUCAAGGAGAUGUUAACACAUAUAAAGGAUGUGUACUGA